AUGAGUAAUAGAAAAGGAACACCUUCUUAUCAGAAAAACUACCAAGUUAAGAGAAGAAGAAGGAGAGAGGGAAAAACAGAUUACAAACAUCGAUCUAAUAUUAUUAGACAGGAUGUUAAUAAGUUUGGUGCAGCUAAAUCUAGAUUAGUUGUAAGAAAGACCAACUCUAGAAUAAUCUGUAUGAUUGUUAAGUCUUUAAUUAACGGUGACGUUGUACAAGCAUACGCUGAUUCAACUGAAUUAAAGAAUUAUGGUAUUAAUUUUGGAUUGACUAAUAAAUUUGCAGCUUAUGCCACUGGUUUGCUAGUAGGUAGAAGAGCUUUAGUUUCACAAGGAUUAGAUAAACUUUAUGAACCAAAUAGAGAGAUUGGUGAAGAUAGAGAGAUUGAAGAAUCUGAAGAAAGAAGAGCAUACAAAGUCUUUUUAGAUAUUGGAUUAUCUCAAUCAUCUAAAGGAGCUAAAGUUUUUGUAGCUAUGAAAGGAGCAUCAGAUGCAGGUUUGAUGAUCCCACACUCCUCUGUUAAAUUUGAAGGAUUUGAAAAUGGUGAACUUGAUUCAGCUGUUUUAAGAGAUAGAAUCUUUAUGAAGCCUAAUGUUGAGUAUAUGAAACAACUUAAAGAAGAUGAUGUUGAGGCAUAUAAAAGACAGUUUGGAAUUUAUGUUAAAGAGGGAAUCGAACCUGAACAAAUUGAACAACUUUAUGAGUCAUGUCUUAAUAAAAUCAUUGAAAGUCCAGAAAAGAUCAAGAAAGAAAAGAAGGAUUACAGUGACUUUAAGAAAUACAAAGUACUAAAACUUUCUAAUGAAGAGAGAAAGGCACGUAUUGCAGCUAAGUUAAAAGAAGCAGGUGUGAAAAUUUAA